UAAAACUUCAACGCAGUCGUCACUAACCAAUUGAAGGCUAAAGACGUCACAUUUUUUCCAAUUUCAUUGCAUUUCGCGUCUGACUGGAUAUUUCCGGUCGAAAUUAUACGAAAAUGUCGCUUAACGAAGUUCGUGCCCCGAUUCAUAAAAAUCGGCAGACAACGAUGGGGAAAAUUUCGGGGUUUUACCGUGACGGGUUGUUCCGUGAUAUCGGGUGGCAAAACAACAAAGUUUGGGGAGAGGUUUUGGAAACGGAGUUGCUUCAACACUUCCCAAUUCCUGGACCGCACGGAUCUUGGCAAAAUUACACCAAGGAAGAUAUCUUGAAUGCGACUUAUACCGAUGUCCAACCAGGGCAACGAUUUGGUCCUACCUGGACGACACAUUGGUUUCAUGUGAGAUUUCCUCAACCUCCGGCGUCCUGGUUGGGAAAGGAAGUCCACUUUAGGUUCUCUUCCGGAACGGAAGCCACCGUGUGCGAUACGGACCUUAACGUUCUUCAGGGAAUUUCUCCCGGUUAUCGGGAAGAAUAUAAAGUAUCCGACAGCUGGACGGCGACGGAUCGGAGGGAAUUCUAUGUCGAAAUGGCUUGCAAUGACAUGUUCGGGGCCGGGGCGGGGGAUAUGAUUGCACCGGAGGAUCGUAACCGAUUUUACGGCUUUGGCCGGGUCGAUCUUGUCAUCUUUAACCGAGAGAAUUUCAACUUGCGCGUGGAUAUUGAUAUGCUGUACCAAAUGGCGGAUAGACUGGGGGACUCGCACAUCGGCUAUCAAGCUAUGUUCGUCGCUAACGAGAUCGUCACCACGCUGCAAGACAGCGACAGUGUGGCAAACGUUACGAAAUGCAGAGCACUUGCGACAGCAUUUUUUAACCAGAAAACUGGAGAAAAGUCGCACACCUUGCAUGCUAUGGGACAUUGUCAUAUCGAUUCCGCCUGGUUGUGGCCAUAUGACGAAACUAUUCGAAAGUGUGCACGAUCUUUCUCCGCUCAGAUGCGAUUGAUGGAAGAAUAUCCGCAGUAUAAAUUUGUCGUGUCGUCGGCCCAACAAUACGAAUGGGUAGAAAAAUUUUAUCCUGACGUGUUUCAAGAAAUUCACGACAAGGUUUUGGGCGGUCAGUUCGUACCCGUGGGAGGUACUUGGAUCGAAAUGGAUGGAAAUAUUCCCAACGGGGAAGCUUUCAUGCGUCAAUAUUAUUACGGACAGAAAUAUUUUCAAGACAAAUUUGGCCCGCAGUACAUUUCCAAAGAGUUCUGGCUUCCGGACACGUUCGGAUAUUCGGCCCAAAUUCCGCAAAUGUUGAAGCAUGUCAAGAUUGAUCGCUUCCUGACGCAAAAGAUGUCAUGGUCCUUGGUAAAUAAAUUUCCAAGCCACAACUUUUGGUGGGAGGGGAUUGACGGGUCCCAAGUUUUGGUACACUUUCCCCCCGGCGACAGUUACAAUAUGAACUGCAACGUCAGUGAUUUUCUCAACUCGCAAAACAACUCUUUGGAUAAGGGGCGUUCAAACACGGGCGUUUUCCUCUACGGCAAUGGAGACGGAGGAGGUGGCCCCACCCGUGAAUUUAUCGAACGAAUCAUUCGAGUCCAAAAUGUGGAUGGGAUGCCAAAAGUCCUUUUCAGCGACAGCAACACCUUCUUCGAUGCCCUGGCCACUGAACAAGAUAAAUUUUACAAAUGGGUCGGCGAGUUGUAUUUGGAGCUUCACAAUGGCACUUAUACAAGCCAGGCUCGGAUAAAAUGGUAUAACCGAAAGUGCGAGUUUUUCUUUAGAGAAGUCGAACUGCUCAUGGCGCAAGCGUACAGCUCCGGACAAGCGUCAGAGGCAGUAAUUCGGGCCGACAUGCUACUUGUCGACGUCGCCUGGAAGGACUUCCUCCUCAACCAGUUCCACGACGUUUUGCCGGGAUCCUGCAUCGAAUACGUGGCCAUUGACGCGUGGGAGUACUACGAACGUGUCAUGACCACCUUGACCGAUAUCCGGACCAGAUACAACGGCCUCCUCAUUGGCACCGGGACGAACAGAGCGAUCUACAACUGUCUCCCGUGGGACGUGAAAGGCGUCGUUUUCAUGAAGCCAACCGCACCCGAGCAACCUCCGACGGGGCCUAACGUUCAAACCGUACAGUUGGAAACGACCCCCUUCGAACGGGAGGAGGAGGGACGAUACCGCGUUCCGAGCACCUUUUCCGCUGCAAUUGUUAACCUGCGGGGUUCUGGGUAUUCUCAGUUUAUAGCGGAGGCGCCCGCCGUGGAGGUUACGUUCGUCCCCGACGGCGGUACAAAUUGGUUCGGAACAUUUUCCAAUGGUCAACUAACUCUGGAAGUGGAGGUCGACCCAGUCACCCGAGUUCCUACGGAGCGUCUCUUUUUCGACGGGGUUAACAAAAUCCCCGCCUUCAAUGAUCACCUCCAGAAAGGAAUCAGCCCAGGAAUGCUGUACUACUAUGAUGACGUACCCCUUUACUGGGACGCUUGGGACGUGAUGGACUAUCACUUGGAGACGAGACGGAUCCCGCCAAAUUUGCUGACAACGCAAGAAGUCGUCAACUUUGGAACCGGCCCCAUCGUCGGUGGGUACAAGUGGGGCGUAGAAUUUGGCGCAGGCGAGGAAAAGAGUACCUUCACGCGCUACACGAUCAUGCGAGCGGAUAGUCCCCUCUUGGAGUACUACACCAUCGUUGACUGGAAAGAAAACAGGAAAUUGUUAAAGGUCGAAUUUCCCGUCGACGUUUUGUCCCGCGAUGCAACCUUUGAAAUCCAAUACGGUCACGCCAAGCGGCCCACCCACAUGAAUACGUCUUGGGACAUGGCCAAAUUUGAAGUUUGCGGGCACAAAUGGAUGGACAUUUCCCAAGCGGACAAGGGCAUAUCAGUCAUCACCGACUCGAAGUACGGCUGGCACGUGCGCGACAACCACGUGCAGCUUUCACUGCUGAAAUCGCCCAAGAAUCCCGACGGGAUGGCAGACAUGCACAAGCAUUACAUCUACUACGCCGUCAUGCCGCAUAAAGGUGGUUCAUUCCAAGAGGCUGACCUUAUCCGGAAAGCGUACGAGCUGAAUGUUCUCGGCUCAAAUAAUGUCCCAUUGCUUCCAACUACAAUGCCGAAUGCGCAACUUCCCGCCAACUUUGUGACCACGACUAAUCCCGCCGUUGUGGUGGAAGCGGUCAAGGUUUCGAAACCAACGGAUACCACGGUGGACACGAUCUGCGUCCGGUUGUAUGAAGCUUUUGGAGGAAGCGCGACCACUGAGAUUGUCAUAACCGGGACCAACGUGACCCGAGUUAUGGAAUCGAACGGAUUGGAAGAAGAGGUCGGUCCUGUCGUUCCGGUCGUUGGGGGCAGAUUUUCCGCCACUUUCAAACCCUUCCAAAUCCAAACCUUUUUGGUCACCUUUGCAUAAAAUGGACAGUGAUGAUUUCCAACAAUUGCAUGGAUUAAACCCACUUUAACAAUUGUAACAAUUUUAAUUAAUCAUUAAUAAAUAUUAAUAUGAUAAAAUGCAAUAAAUUAAACAAAGUUUGCAGUAAAUGUGCGCAUAUGUACA